GUUGGACUGCUUGUGUCCUUCUUGCUGAAAUGUCAUUCGCUGCCGGAUGAGUGGCUGUGCUGGCGGCAGCGAUACGCAUGUAGCACUAUGCAUGCAGUCUGCUGCUCGAACGCAUCACAGUGAACUGCAUCUGACAGCUUGCCAAGUUGGAGAACAAAAAAAAAGACCAAACACAGAUGAGGGAAAAGCAGACCCGCUGGAUUUCCACAAACCCAGAGUCACCUGCAUCCACCCGAUAGAGGAGAAGGGAAAGGAAGGAGAGAUCUUUCGUUGUGGCCGUCCCCCUCAAAGCUCGCAUGUAUGAAAGGAUAAUGUUUUUGUUUUAAUGUCCGGGAUGAUUGUGUACCAGGGGUAGAUAUUGAAAUAGCAAGAAAAAAAACACACUGCUUCGUUGUAUUUUUCACCGCGACUGGGGCCAUGAAUUCGGCAGAGCAGACGGUCACUUGGCUGAUCACACUGGGGGUACUGGAAUCGCCGAAAAAGAACAUUUCGGAUCCCGAGGCAUUUCUCCAGACCUCCCUCAAAGAUGGGGUUGUCUUGUGCAGACUGCUGGAGAGACUGAGCCCGGGCUCCACUGACAAAAUCUACCAAGAACCGAAGAACGACGGCGACCGCUUGAGCAACAUAAAGGAGUUUCUCAAAGGUUGCACUUCGUUUCGCGUCGAGCCGUUUGAGCCCAGUGAUCUGCUCCUAGGACUGAACUUCUCCAAGAUACUCAGCAGUCUGGUGGCUCUGAACAAAGUGACUGCAGACAUUGGAGUGGACAGUGUGUGCACCCGUCACUCGGCGGACCAUCGGAUCAAGUCGUUUGAGUCUCUGGCCUCCCAGUCAUCAUUGGGCCGAUCCUCCAAGCUGCUUCAGAACCACAGCCUGGACAUGUCUGAGGGCAGCCGGACGCAGCUAUUGGUCAAGGCUCGCUUCAACUUUGAGCAGACCAAUGAGGACGAGCUGUCCUUCAACAAGAGUGAUGUCAUCAACGUGACACGCCAGGAGGAGGGCGGCUGGUGGGAGGGGAACCUCAACGGCAAGACCGGCUGGUUCCCUAGCAACUAUGUCCGUGAGAUUAAAGGCCGUGACAAACAAGUGUCUCCCAAAUCUGGGACCCUGAAGAGUCCUCCAAAAGGCUUUGACACUACAGCCAUCAGCAAGACCUACUACAACCUGGUGCUGCAGAACAUUCUAGAAACAGAGACAGAAUAUUCCAAGGACCUCCAGAGCCUUCUGACUAACUACCUCAGAUCUCUCCAGAGCACAGAGAAACUGAGCAGUACAGAUGUGUAUCUGAUCCUGGGGAACCUGGAGGAGAUCAGCACCUUCCAGCAGAUGCUCGUCCAAUCACUGGAGGAGUGCACCAAACUUCCAGAGAGCCAGCAGAAGGUAGGGAGCUUCUUCCUGAAUCUCAUGCCCCAGAUGAAGGCUCUCUAUGUGGGUUACUGCUCCAACCACCCCUCGGCAGUCAACGUGCUCACCCAGCACAGUGAGGAGCUGGGGGAGUUUAUGGAGGGGAAAGGAGCCAGUAGUCCAGGUAUCCUGACUCUGACCACAGGUCUCAGUAAACCCUUCAUGAGGCUGGACACAUACCCCACACUAACGAAGGAACUGGAAAGACACAUGGAGGAGAGUCACCCCGACCGGCCAGACAUCCAGAAGUGUAUGACAACAUUCAACAGCCUCUCGGCCCAGUGCCAGGAGGUGAGGAAGAGGAAGGAGCUGGAGCUGCAGAUAGUGACUGAGUCCAUCAGGCUGUGGGAGGGAGAGGACAUCAGAACACUGGGCUCUGUUCUCUACACGAGUCAGGCUCUGGUUAACAGCCCAGGAGCAGAGGAGAAGUUGGAGCGUUACCUCAUGCUCUUCCCUCAUGUCCUCCUCAUGCUGUCUGCCACUCCAAGGAUGAGUGGCUUUAUAUUCCAGGGGAAGCUGCCACUGUCUGGUAUGACUGUGACCCCGCUAGAGGACAGUGAGACCCACAAAAACUCCUUUCAGCUUUCUGGCCGUCUAUUUGAGUGUCUUCAGGUGGUGUGUAACAGUCAGCAGGACCUGCAGGACUGGGUGGACCAUCUGACCCGGCAGACUAGACAAGCCACCGCCCCCAGCCACAAACCCCUCACGGUCCCCUGCCACACGUUGCCCUCCCACCCUUUGACUCCAUCCCGUCAUGCAGAGGGCUGUGCGAUGACUGUGGCCCCAGCCUACCACACCCUGCCCCACCCCUCAUCACACGGGGCUCCACACAGCACCAUGAUGUGGGGGCCUCUGGAGCCCCCCAACACCCCCAAACCCUGGAGCCUCAGCUGCCUGCGUCCUGCACCCCCCCUCAGGCCCUCUGCAGCACUCUGCUACAAGGAGGACCUUAGUAAGAGUCCUAAGAGUGUAAAGAAGCUCCUUCCUAAACGAAAGCCUGAGAGGAAACCGUCAGAAGAGGAGUCUGCCCUGAGGAAGAGUACAGCUGCUCUAGAGGAAGAUGCUCAGAUUCUGAAGGUGAUAGAAGCUUACUGUACCAGCGCCAAGACCAGACAGACCCUCAAUUCCACCUGGCAGGGUACUGACCUGAUGCACAACCACGUCCUGGGGAACAUGGAGCGGUCCAGCGUGGACUCUCCGGGCCACCGUAGCAGCGUGUCCCGACCUGACUUGACUGGCUCAGACUUGUCGGAGGACUCUGACUACGACUCUGUGUGGACGACCCACAGUUACAGGAUGGGCUCAGCAUCGUGUAAGAGCUGCAUCUCUCACCAGAACUAAACCCCCAAAACUACCGUGGUCGUACCCUACCAUACCGCGCGAUACAGCACAGCACAUCACAGCACAGCACAGCACAGCACGUUCACCUCUUAACCUGUGGUCUAGAGGAAAACCAACCAGUUUUUAAGUCUAUUUAUUUAAUUUAUUUGUAAUUAUUAUUGUGUUCAUUUUAUUUUUAUUUGUGUUUGUAAUUUUUGGGAGAUUGUACUCUCUUUGUUUGAAAAUCUACCAUGUUACCUUGACCUCUCUCUUUCCGUAUUUGUCAGGUAGCUUGUGUUGGGCAUCGUCUGGGGUUCUGUGUGUCUGAUAUUCAGAUGUGGUUCAGGAAGGAAGGCAUUCUAUUGACCAUGUUCUCUAACCUAGCUCCUUCUUCCACAUAUAUUACAGCAGCAAAUGUUGUGCUGACCUUUGACAUUUCCAAUGAAUCGAUAUACUUUUGUUAUUACUAUGACUGCCUUAAGGCUUUUACCCCUGUUGCAGUACCCCCUGCAGUAUUUCACACACAGGACACAGCAUCGACAGUAGUACUUCUACGAUAUUGGUAUUAAUAGGAUAUUAUAUAGUAUAUGAGAUCGAAGUUCCCCUAUAAACAGCAUGCAUGCUUCAUUCCCAGGGUGACGAUUUACACUCUUAUCAGAUUUUACCCCAAUCCAAAAUGCAGUACUUUUAAACUCAAUAUUCCCUCAACAGUUUAACAAUGAUAUUCUCAAAAGCAGUACAACUUUAGGCCCUAAGCAGAGCCACAAGCCUGGCAGGUCCAGUUUCUAUAUCCCAAGAAGGAAACAUUUGUUUGUAUCCUUCAAAACAUUACCAUGCUCUUCCAUGCGUUAGUAAUAACUCUUCUCCUGAGAAAGUAUUUCCUUAUGCCACGUUAAGAAUUCCCAGGGGACAGUUUUUCAAAGGUUAUCUGGAUUCCGGCUAUUGGAUCAGCUAUUGGAUAGGAAUGGGGACACCCGUUCAAUUUAUUCUAUUCCUAUGCAUUUAAUCCUAUCCGAUAGCCAGAUAGAUAACUUUUGAAAAACUGGGCCCAGUUUACUGUCCACUUAAAAUUAGUCUGCUCUCUCCACAGAUCAGUCUUCUCUCUCUGCAGAUCAGUCCUCUCUCUCUGCAGAUCAGUCCUCUCUCUCUCCGCAGAUCAGUCUUCUCUUUCUGCAGAUCAGUCUUCUCUCAUCGCAGAUCAGUCUUCUUUCUCUCUGCAGAUCAGUCUUCUCUCUUCGCAGAUCAGUCUUCUUUCUCUCUGCAGAUCAGUCUUCUCUCUCCGCAGAUCAGUCUUCUCUUUCUCUGCAGAUCAGUCUUCUCUCUCUCCGCAGAUCAGCCUUCUCUCUCUCCGCAGAUCAGUCCUCCAUCUCCGCAGAUCAGCCUUCUCUCUCUCCGCAGAUCAGUCCUCCAUCUCCGCAGAUCAGUCUUCUCUCUCUCCGCAGAUCAGUCCUCCAUCUCCGCAGAUCAGUCUUCUCUUUUCGCAUAUCAGUCUUCUCUCUCUCUGCAGAUCAGUCUUCUCUCUCUCUCUGCAGAUCAGUCUUCUCUCUCUCUCUGCAGAUCAGUCUUCUUUCUCCGCAGAUCAGUCUACUCUCUUUCCUCAGAUCAGUACUCUCUCUCCGCAGAUCAGUCCUCUCUCUCCACAGUUAUCCUGACAAUAUAUGGAAUAAAUGGCUUUGUUAUUUAUGUAUUUCUACAAAUAAUUUGUUUUAUUUUACCUACAUUAUUUUGUAUUACAUAUGUGAUUAGUAUUAUUUUAAUUUCACUGUGUAUGUCAAUGUUUACAACCAAUUAGUGGAACAUACAGUUAACCUCUCUCUACAUGAUGGUGAAAUGGUAUCAGCGUUUAUACAUUGAGCAUGUGAGGUUGGGAUUCAUUUGUGCACAACCUCUGUGGUAGAGUAUUGAAAUGUGUUAACCAUGAACAGUUUCUGUACCUCCUCUAACCAGUGUGUUUAACAUCAAACUGAGUGGAUGGUGUAGCCUAGUAAUUACGCUUGCCAUAGAUAUUGAGUGUCCCUGUACAGCUCAUCCAUACUGUAAAUCUACAAUGUCAGUGUUGAGGAAGUGUCAACCAAAAGAGAACUUAGUCUUGUGGGAGAGGUCAUAUGUGACAUACUUAUUCAUCAACACAGAUCAACAUGAACUAAAAUAAAUGAUCUCCUUUUUGUACAUAGUGGAUGUCAAUAGAACAAAAAAUAAGCCAAACAGUGGUUCUAUCAGUAUUUGAGCUAAGAAUAUGACUGUCCUCGUGUUGUGUCUUCUACUUUGUAACUGCAGUGUAUUCUGUGGUUGGUCAGGUCAUGUGACUGCAGUGUAUUCUGUGGUUGGUCAGGUCAUGUGACUGCAGUGUACUCUGUGGUUGGUCAGGUCAUGUGACUGCAGUGUAUUCUGUGGUUGGAAAAAAACUAAAGAAAAGCAGAAACUGAGAGUUGAAGUGACUGCUUUGUCCAACUGUGUCUUCUGUAUGCUCCAAUGAUGUAUAGGACCUAUCCCACACCUGUGAUCAAAAUGUCCUACCUACCUAUCUUACCUACAUACCUACUGUACCUACCUAGAAACCUACAAUAUAUACAGACUGAUGUACAGUACCAGUCAAAUGUUUGGACAUGC